AUGGUGGAUACUGAUCACCUGGCUGAAAUCCUUGAGAUCGGACCUGGCGUAUCCACUAACUUCAUACAAUAUAGGCUACAACAAAGCCAGGCAAAUUCACUCAAACCUUCGCCGCUGUCAAAGGGCGAAUGCGAAAAGGCUCUGCUUGAUAUGGCUAAAGCAAAACACAUCUUUCAAUCCCUAUUCCCUCUGGCAAACCAUGUUGAUCCUACAUGUAUUUGGCAGUGCGCUAAGCAACCGCCAACCGCCAACCUCCAACUCCCACUCUCAUAUCGAGUGAUGGAAGCUUUUGGUCCACUAUAUAGAACGCUUGCUCCAGGCCUUGUUUCACCGACACAGGAGAUUGGCAUUAUGACUACGGCGCUGACGAUGGGCAAUGAUAUGGUUUGGAAGGAUCAGGUGUAUCCAAAGACGGGUGCAUUUUUAGUGACAAAUCGCCCGUUCAUAUCCUUCGUCUCUACCCUCCUGUUACGUGAGACAACCUGCAUUGCCCUAAAAGCGCCAACGCCUUUCCCCCUUCAGCCUCCAGGCUACCACUGGGGCGACGAUAUCCUCUUCAAUCCCGAGGCCCUGGACGCAGACCUAGGAUUUCACGGGGAUAGUGUGGAAUUAAGUGUUAGGUUGGAGGUUGGAAGGGGUGCGUUGGUUGAUGAUGGAUUGAAUGGGGAGAGGGAGUUGAGAGGAAUUAUGGCAGUUGGAGGGGUAUUGCCACUGUCAGCGAUUAAGGAGGAUGGGAGGCAAAGCGGAGGUACUGGUGUUGUUGGUUGGGGCACAAGGACCAGAGAGUGCUAUUACAGAUGCGGGACUAUGCAGGAUGAAAGCGAAUUUUGA